GCUCUUUUUUUUUCAUUCACUUCAUUUUUUAUAUAUAAAAAAAUGUAAAUACUAAUCUUUCAGAAACCCAUUUUUUUAAACGUGCGGCAAUUAAACAACUUAUUUUCAUUGUGAAAAAUUAAUUGAUUAUAAAUUAGUUGUAGAAAUAGAUUGUUACGAUAAAAAAAUGUUUAGACUUUUUUUACUCGUAGAUAUCAAAUAAAAAGAGUAGAAUCGCGACUUCCAAUUGUUUAAACAAUACUUCUGGGGUGAAUGGGGGAGGGGGGAUUUUACGUCAUUCUCUUUGUAAACAUUAAUAUAAGCCAUAGAAACAGAAAAAAAUGUUAUAGGAAUUUUUCUACCCAAAAGCCCCUGACGCCUGAACUAUUAUUUGGAAAUAUGACAUUUGUUAGAUCAAUGCACGUCUCCACAGUCGUUGUUUGUUGUUAUAGUCUGACCAAAACACCCUUUACUUUGGAAGAAAAUAAUUUUCACUUGUUUCUCUUGCAAAUCAACAAUUUGACCAUAGAAACCAUAGCAACUCAUUAUCCGGAACUAAGUUCAGGCAGAAAGAGAAGUGUUGAUUGGAUAAUACCCAUUUUCUUCGAAUCUCCUAAGAUAGCUGAAACAAUUAGAAUAAUUCUUAAAAAAUGGCAAUGGCCGUACAAGAACGAACGAUUCCUGCGAUGAACACUCUAGUGAAGUACGACAACCCUCUGCUAGUUUCAACUCAUCCAGAGAAAAUUGUAAAAGACACAACCCCUUUGAAGAUCGGGGUGCCAUGCAAAUCUCAAACUGUACCACCAACAGUCGAGCUUCGUCGUGAAACUGUCGAAAUUCUCAAUGGAAUUUUGCCACCCAAAGAGUGGGAAGAGGAGGGCCAAAUAUGGACCCAACAGGUUUCAAGCACCCCUGCGACCAGAUUGGAUGUUAUUAAUCUUCAGGAGCAAUUAGAUAUGAGAUUACAGCAACGACAAGCUCGAGAAACCGGAAUCUGUCCCGUUCGCAGGGAAUUGUAUUCACAGUGUUUUGAUGAAAUAAUACGUCAAGUGACCGUCAACUGUGCAGAACGUGGAUUGCUUCUUCUCCGGGUACGCGACGAAAUAAAAAUGACGAUGGCCGCUUAUCAGACACUUUAUCAGAGCAGUAUUGCCUUUGGGAUGCGUAAAGCUCUGCAGGUGACAAUAGUAUAUUGUGCAUCCAGGGUGGAAAGUCAUGAUUUUCCACCCGAGACUGAACAAGGGAAGGAAGACCUGAUUACUGCUGCUGAUGAGUUACGCGCUCAGAAGACUGAAUUAGAAAAAGCUGUCACUGAAUUGCGACAAAAAUUUGAACAAUCGGAGAGACGGGCCGCCGAAUUGCGCGAGGCGGAGGAGAAAAAACAUACGGAAGAGAUUCAAUUCCUCAAGAAAACCAAUCAGCAGCUGAAAGUAUGCAAUUUUAAAUUUAUAAUGAUGAGGUUUGGAGCAGGCAAUACCGUUGGUCUGAUCAAUAAUAAAUAUUCAUGCGACCUAAGCCAUAAUUUCAAAUUAAAAUUCCAAAAACUUCUGAACCAUUUGGAUAAAUUUAAAAAAUUCUUUACGUGUACACCUGCAAUAGUACUGGAAAUUUUGAUAAGAAACCUAGUAAAUUGUCGUUCGGAAAGGUCUUGUUUCAUGCACAGAAAGAACGUCUAGGCAAAAAUUAAAUCUCCAGGGGGCGUGGUUAAUUGUCAUUUUGUCCCAAGUUUCGGCGUCUAGAGGUCUACUUGUUACCUACAAUUUUUUUCAGUGUGGGGAACCCAAGAAGAAUAAAAAGGGAUUAAGGGCUUACGGUUGUUAUAAGUUAAUUUAGGUAGCUCUACCAGGUUGGUAAAUUCAAAGAUUGUUUAAGAGUAUCCAAAAUUGAUGAUAAUAAACUAAUGAGGAUUUUUUUACCAUUUAAUUAUUAUUUGUUUAAAAAGAAGUUAUGAAAUGAGAACUUAAAACGGGGUCUCAUGGGAAAAUCAACGUUUCUGUGUAGUAAAAGAUUAAAAUUUGACUGUUUUUAUCAUUAGACGUAAAAAAAUCCCGGAUUUUGUCGACAUUUCGCAAAAAAUUAUCUACUGCGUUAGCAACAAGUUUUAUUACUUGUGUAUAAGAAGAAAAUAUUUUGGAAAAUCUCAAUACAGUCCCCGAUUUAAUAUAGGUAACCCUGGUUAAGGAUAAUUUUCUUCAAAUUUUACUCAUGUAAUUAGGCAAGUCUGUGAAAUCCCGCAGGGAAGACUAGUCGGGUCGUUGUACCCAGGGAUUAAAGGCCUGUCGGGUCCUGCAGCCCACCGACCAAAAGGGGGAUUAUAUAUGUCUAAUAAAUCUUUUUGCCAUCAUUUCAGACCCAACUCGAAGGCAUUAUCGCUCCAAAGAAAUAAAAGGCCGUUUAUGAAAAUCAUUUGAACUGGAAUAAAACACUUAGGACAAUGUAUAACAAGUAUUCAUUCAUUUCCCUUUAAUGAAUGUUCACCUACAUGAUAUUUCCACAUACAAUUACACGUAUAACAUUAUAAAACGUAUAAAUAUUGCUCAUUAAAGAAUAUAGCUGACAGUAAUAAAUAUAUAUAUUUGUAUUUUUUUCCAUCAAAACCUAGAGAAAAAAUUAAAUAGUCGAUAAAUUCAGUGUCCGCAUUACCCAUUAACUAAUUAACUAUUUAUCUUUCUCCUUUCCACAGCAUAAUUCAAUCUUCGUAGUAACGAUAUUUGUAAAUACAUUUUUUAUUUUUCAUUUUAUCUAUUCUAUUCCUCUUAAUGGAAAAAUCAUUAUCAAGCACAGUGCAAGUGAUUUAUAUAUU